GGAGCAGGUAGGAGAUCAAUAUGACUUCCACAGUUGCAGGCUCACGCGAACGGGGGAGAGAUCGCCGGUCUUCACCAGCACACGCAUCUUCACGAGCACACGCAUUACUGUGAGGACGGAGGGAAACGCGCAGGAUGUUUUUUCUUGGAUUUACAUUCAAACCGGACCAGAACAUCAUGUAUAAACGUGAUGCGUUUUGUUGCCCUUUUAAACUCUUAUGAGAUGUUACAAGUGGACGUGGAAGUUUUUUUUCUUUUUUUCUAUGUCUAUCAUGCACGGGACUUAUAAUAUUGCAUCAGUUGUCUUAUCAUUUUUGUCUUAGUUUUUUUUUCUUUUUCGGACUCUGGACACUCAGCAGAUAUAUCUCACCCGGACUUUUAUCUGGAAUUAACAACAGAAGUUUUUGGACAUUACAAUUACACAUCUUCUUUCAAAGGAGUUGCCUGUUUUUAAGAGCUGCAGAAUGUAUUCAGAAAUGCCCGGCAACAUGGCCGUUAACUGGAUUUUGUAUUUUGUUUUUCUGCUGCCACUGUUCGCGGUGGGGACAGCUUUCUCUGGGGUUUUCAAUGCCACAGACAGAGACAUUUUCACAGAUGACUUGCUGCAGGUCAAGCUCACACAAGCCAGGGCGACUGAGCCGUGGAAACUCCUCUCCUCCGAUUCCCAUCCCAACCUGUAUUUUAACCAAGUGGAUGUGUUGCACUUGAGGCAAAGGUCCUCCACCACCCACAGUCACAUAUUUAAAGUCAUCCGGGCCGCUGCCCUCGCCAUGAUGGCGAAUGUUGCCUUUUACAUGCCCCCUGCGAAACAUGCAGAGUUUACAAGCAAGUGGAAUGAGAUUUAUGGCAACAACCUGCCCCCCCUCGCGCUCUACUGCCUGUUGUGCCCAGAGGACUCUUCUGCCCUGCAGUUUCUUAUCAAGUUUAUGGAUCGGAUGGCUGAAUACCCCGACUGGAAGGUGACCAGUGCUCCCAACGACGAGGUCCCCAGUGCGCACUCCCUCACCGGGUUCGCAACAGCUUAUGACUUUAUUUACUCCUACCUGGAUGGGAGGCGGAGGGAUGUUUACCUCGAGAAAAUUCGCUCCGAGACGGAGGAGCUGUUCGACCUCUCAAAGCACAGAGGGUGGGGGAAACAGUACCUCCAAAACCAUCAAACCACCAACAUAUUAGCCGUCCUGAUCGGCGCAAUAGUGGUGGGAUCGCACGACGACCGGGAGUCAAUGCUCUGGAAACAAGUGGCGGUGAACUACAUGGAGAAGACGAUGUUCCUCCUGAACCACGUGGUCGACGGCUCCCUGGACGAGGGGGUCGCCUACGGGAGCUACACGGCCAAGUCCAUCACGCAGUACGUCUUCUUGGCCCAGCGCCACUUCAACAUGGACAACCUGCAGAGCAACUGGCUGCGGGGACACUUCUGGUUCUACUACGCCACCCUGUUGCCGGGCUUCCAGAGGACGGUCGGCAUCGCCGACUCCAACUACAACUGGUUCUACGGGCCGGAGAGCCAGCUGGUUUUCCUCGACGCGUUCGUCAUGAGGAACGGGACGGGCAACUGGCUGGCCCAGCAGAUCAGAAAGCACCGGCCCAAGGACGGCCCCAUGGGGCAGUCGUCUGCCCAGCGCUGGGCGACUCUCCACACGGAAUACGUCUGGUACGACUCCCAGCUGGCGCCGCAGCCCCCCCGCGGCUUCGGCAAGGCAAAGAUGCACGUUUUCUCAAACUGGGGCGUGGUCACGUACGGGGCGGGCCUGCCGAGCGGCCAGGGCAACACUUUCGUCUCCUUCAAGUCCGGCAAGCUGGGCGGCCGGGCCGUCUACGACAUCGUCCACGACGAGCCGUACUCCUGGGUGGAGGGCUGGAACAGCUUUAACCCGGGUCACGAGCACCCCGAUCAGAACUCUUUCACGUUCGCCCCCAACGGGCAGGUGUUUGUGUCCGAGGCGCUUUACGGCCCGAAGCACAGCUACCUGAACAACGUCUUGGUGUUCGGCCCGUCUCCCACCAGCCAGUGCAACGCGCCGUGGGAGGGUCAGCUGGGGGAGUGCGGCAAGUGGCUGCGCUGGGCCGACGCCGGGGUCGGCGACUCCAGAGGGGAGGUGAUCGCCGCCUCCUCGCACGAGGACACCAUGUUCGUGAGCGGGGAAGCGGCGGCGGCUUAUUCCCCCGCCAUGAGACUAAAGAGUGUGUACAGGGCUUUGGUCCUGCUGGACUCGCAGACCCUGCUGGUGCUGGACCACGUGGAGAGGUGGAGCGAUUCGCCCGUGCAGUCCCUCAGUGCGUUUUUCCACAACCUCGACAUUGACUUUAAGUACGUCCCCUUCAGAUUCGCGGACCGAUAUAACGGCGCCAUGAUGGACGUGUGGGACGCUCACUAUAAAAUGUUCUGGUUCGACAGCCAGGGUCACAGCCCUGAUACCAGGAUACAGGAGGCGGAGCAGGCGGCCGAGUUUAAAAAGAGGUGGACUCAGUAUGUCAACGUCACUUUUCCAGUGACGGGCGCAGUCAGCAGAGUCGCUUACGUCCUACACGGCCCGUACGCCAAAGUGUCGGGCUGUAGAUUUGUGGACGAUAGCAAAAAUGGGGUGAGACUGUCUUUAACAAUAAAUAACACAGAGAAGAUAGUGUCCAUUGCGACAAACUAUAAAGACAUAGGAGCGAGGAUGACUUAUUUAGGAUUUGGAGGUCACUGCAAAGUUGAGGAUAGACAUCAAAUCACCCGAUACGGCCUUGGGACUCAACCCAUCCCCAAACCAAUCGACGGUAACAAUCAGCUGUUUGACUUUGGCCUCACAGUGAAUGUAAUAGCCGGGGUCGUCCUCUGUGUGGCCAUUGGAUUUUUGACCGUGCAGAGAAAGUUCUACGUCUGCUUCAGCAGGCUGAUGCGCUACGCCCUCCUCUCGGUGCUCGUCCUGUGGAUAGCCGAGCUGCUGUUUGUGUCCAACAGCUGCGAUCAGCUCCUCUGUGGGGUGAAAUGGAAAGUCGCGGGCGCCAAAAGCGAAGCGAGCAAGCAACUCAGACUCUACGAGCAGCGGAUGCUCCCCCUGCCCACCGUCGUCAUAACAACCCUCCCCGGAUCGGGAUCGGAAAUCCUCGAGCACCUUUUCUGCAACAGCUCGGACUUUGUUUACAUCAGAGUCCCCACCGAGCACGUGGACAUUCCCGAGAGCGAGUUUGAGUUCGACUCCCUGGUCGACGCCUGCGAGUGGACGAGGUCGGACGCCGCGCAGGGGCGCUACAAGAUGCUCCAGGGCUGGCUGCACUCGCUGGUCUACAACACCAAGCUGCACUUGCAGAACAUUCAGCUGGCGGAGGGCAGCAGGGGCCGGCAGCCCCAGAGGGCCGCCGCCGCCUCCGGCGGGGACGGGAGGAGAAAGAUCAGGAGGAGAGAGCCGGCGUCCGAGCUGAAGGGCAAACUGAGGGCGAGCCUGGCCAGAGAUGCGGAGCGCGUGCGGGAGAUGCGGCGGCAUGUCGCGGAGUACCCCAACGCCCGGGUGGUCCUCAACAUGCGGAGCGGCGGCUGGGGCCUCAAGCUGCCUUUCGUCCAGGGUCUGGGCUCCUCCCUGAGGACGAUCCACCUGGUGAGAGACCCUCGGGCGUGGAUUUAUCUCAUGGUCUACAACAGCAAACCCAGCCUCUACUCCCUGAAGAACAUCCCGCAGCACCUUUCCUUGAUCUUCAAGCAGGACGGCGGCGACGGGUGCCGGACCGCGGCGCCGGAGUUCAAAGCGAUCCGGAGGCUGCUGUCCGGCUCAGAGGCGAACCCCGUCCUCGUGCUGGCUCACCUGUGGCUGGCACACGCCGCGGCGUCGCUCAGGGUCAGCGAGAGCCUCCCCGACGAGUGCCGCCUCCGCGUGAGGUUCGAGGACGUGGUCAACUUCCCGCAGGAGAGCGAGAGCGUGCACGCCUUCCUGGGGGUGCCCGUCUCCCCCGCGGCCCUCAACCAGCUCCAGUUCACCACCUCCAGCCUGUACAAUCUGAUGUACGAGGGGGACAUUUCACCAGCCAGCAUCGACGCGUGGAGACGAAACAUGCCGCGGAGGGACGUGAGGCUGAUCGAAGAGGUGUGCGGGGGCGUGAUGGGCAGGCUGGGCUACGCCAGCUAACCUGCUGCUGGUCAGCUGACAUUUACCGUAGCUGCCAACCACUUCUGUAAAGUGUUUUUCAUUUACAUUUUGUAUGGUUUUGCACUGACCUUGAAUCUUGAGAGUUUCUGUCUUUUUCCUGUGUGUGGUGUUGCUUUUGGGUGUAGACAGCAGAUGUUUGUGAGGGAGGAAUAUUUUACAUUAAAAUAGGUGAAAGGGAGCUCAUCCCACCCUUUUUUCCCCCCCCCCCGCAGCCCUUCACACUCACUUGUAGCACUGUUUUUUAUUGAGUGAGGCUUUAGUCCUUUUCUGUCUUACGUGCCGAGGUGAAUCGCAUUUGAGCACAUUUUAUGUUAUUGCAGCUCAGUUUUCCCACCGAAGACUCCUUCACGGUUUGUCGGAGUUAGAGAUUAGAACCGAGAGUUUUGCCGAUCCCUAAUCUGUGAUGUCAAAGAUGUUUGUGUAAAAUCCAUUCUGCUAUUGCUGGCUCAUUAGUAGGUUUUUUGGGG